AACCCCAGUCAACAAAAUGUUUCGAAAACUGCGACAGAGAACUGAGAGAAGACUCGAGAGCAAGGACAAGAGAGGUGCAGAGAGAGGCCAAGAUGCUCAGGAAGACAGCAAGAGAGCGGCGGCAGUAUCUGCAUGCGCGUAUGCAGCAGAUCCAAGAAGCACAGCUGCAUGAUAAGAGGUCGCAAAUCAAGAGGGCCCUGGAAAAUGAUAGCACAAACCUGCGCAAGUCCAUUCGAGACGAUACACAGCUCAGGGCAGACUACAAGUUCGACGAGGGAGCAGAGCUUGGUGAUCUGGAUGACGAGUACCGCAAUUUGGGGGAGCGCGAACCAAAAGUCUUGAUAACAACGUCUAGAGAUCCCUCGACGAAGCUUGGCCAGUUUGCCAAGGAGAUGCGGCUGCUGAUACCCAAUUCACAGCGAAUCAACAGAGGUAAUCACGUCGUUGCUGAUAUAGCUGGUGCUUGUCGGUCAGGUGAAGUGUCGGACCUGAUCAUCCUACACGAAACACGCGGUAAACCAGACGCCCUGGUCAUCUCACACUUUCCCUAUGGGCCGACUGUGUCCUUUACCUUGCACAAUGUGACAUUGAGGCAUGAUAUUGCCAAUGUCGGCAGUGUUUCUGAGGCGUAUCCGAACAUCAUUCUCAACAACCUCAAUUCAAAGCUCGGCGAGCGCACGUGCAAGGUGCUCAAAGCCUUGUUCCCUCCCUCGCCACCCGUUACCAGCCCACGGGUGGUGACUUUCAGCAAUCAGGAUGACUACAUCUCCUUCCGCAAUCACGUCUUUGUCAAGACAUCAGGCAAGGAAGUCGAGCUGGCAGAAGUCGGCCCACGCUUUGACAUGAAGCUAUAUGAAAUCAAGCUGGGCACGAUUGAGCAGACUGAUGCAGACGUCGAAUGGCGCCUCAAGCCCUUUCAACGGCAUAAGCGUGGUGUCAUGGCCGUUGAGUGAUAUGACUUCUCGUCUAUAUGAUUCAGUUACGAGCUUCUUUCGGACCAUCGACGUCCUCGACGUCCGCAUGCAUGGCGUUAGUCAGGCUGUAGCCUAGCAUCACACUGACUGCAAUAGUGUCGCUCACAUCCAGCAAUUGCAGCACAGAAGCAUAAAACGCAGCAAUCACGAUCAGGGUUCAUGAUCGUGGGUGGCGAACGUGAUUCUCAAAUUCUACUUUCUGCAGCGCACUUCCUUUUCACAGUCGCUACAAUCAACGUCCCACUCUGCAUAUUCGCAAAUCGCAUCUUGUCUGAAGCAGUCGGGCUCUGCAUUUGGUGAACGUCCCGAAAAAGCAGCCUGGUCCU